UUGUUAUUAUCGAAUGGUAAAUAGGCGCAAAUUGGUAUAAAAGUCAAAUUGUUGCCAAAUUCGAACACACUUCAAAGCUUCACUUAAAGAUGACAAUCGCGACAUUACUUUUUGGCUGUGCGGUGCUCGCCUUCUGUUUGAUUCCAUCCAGCGAGUCUGUGGCUUGUACUUCCUUAGAUCCUGAUGAGCCAAGUGGCUGCACGGAUUGCUCGGAUCCUGACAAUGACACCGAGGAUGACUGCACAACAACAACAACAACAGAAACAACGUCAACAACCUCAACUACGGCGUCAUCAUCUUCAUCAUCAUCGUCGUCGUCAUCUUCGUCGUCAUCGAGUUCAAUUAAAGGAACACGAAAGCGUAUCCGUAUCAAGAACUUGAGGUACACGAAUGUUCGCCGAAUCCGUGUUAACCGAAAUGCCAACGUAGUUACAGCCCGACGAAACAAUAAUAACAGAAGAGUUACGGUGACUGUUGGUUAAUAUUUGUUGUGCAAAUAUUUUUGACAUAAUAAAAAGAAAUAUUGCUCUCGAAUCAUUUCUUCCAAAAUUUGAGGCAUCAAAACCGUAAU